AUGGGUGAAACACGCGUUUGUGCUCAAGUGUUCGUCUACGCGGCGUUCGUCAUUAUCGCCGUGGUUUUGGUAAACCACGUUAAAACAAGCUGCCCAGGUCCGUUGAAAUAUUACGAGGAUUUGGGAUGCACGCCGGUGUACAAAAAUAAUAGUCGGUGCGCGACGAGAUACGACUGCGAUCACGUGUACGCGAGAUCCAGAUUAAAGUGUUACAUCAACGGUCACGAUUACGCGAUCAACCGCGCGCUUCGGCAGCAAGACGCUAAUCAUUGUGAAGAGUUAUGCGUUUGCAAACGCGGAUAUGCAAAUGACGAUAUCCCUGCAUUUGAUUGCAUUGACAUUAAAUCCCUAUGUCCGAAGAAACGCGUAAAACAUGGCUGCUAUCUAAGUCAUGACCUGUCAACAUGUUGCGGAGAUCCAAAGGAAAUUUGUCCUGGACCUAUGAAAGAGAGACAUGUGUGUAUUGUAGACACUAAAGUCUACAUGGAUGGUGAAUAUUUCCCUGCGAAGGAAGAUCCUCGGCUCACUUGUGUUUGCAAACCAGGGUACGAAGGCAAGAACGUUCCGCCCUUCUGUGUCAGAGGUAAUCAUUCAGUCUGCGACAAUCCUGCAUUCAGUCACAAGAAUUAUUUUCCUGUUUCGUGGACGUGA